CGAACCGAAGAGCUCUCUGUUUUCCAACUCUCGGAGGAAGAGAACCAAAUUCUGCUUAGCUCAAAGUUCUCAGGAGGGGUCUGGAAGCCAGGGAGAAGUUGCACCAGCAGCGGAGAGGUGGUCUUCCACCCGUCCAGAGGAACCUGACAGAUCUGCUUGGGAAUUAAAAGCUUUCAAAGGCGAGGAAGAAGAAGAAGUCGAGGCUGGAAAGAACUUUCCUGAUCUGCUUCGUGAACUUUUGCUUCAACGCCAAGUGGAGUUGGACGGUCACGUUUUUUUUUAUUUCCUCGGGUGACCUCUGAUUCAGUUGUGUUUUGUGCUUUUGGGAAGAAGAAGAAGAAGGCAAGUCAGUUUCUGGGCAGAGUGGUUUGGCAAAGAAUUGUUGGAAGUGUAUAGCAGCUGAGGUAGAAAUGAUGCAGGUGGACAACUUCAACCAUGGGAACCUCCAUUCUUGUCAGGGUCAUCGCGGGGUGGCCAACAACAAGCCCAACGUCAUCCUUCAGAUAGGGAAGUGCAGGGCUGACAUGUUAGAACAUGUGAGGAGAACCCACCGACACCUCCUGACCGAGGUGUCCAAGCAGGUAGAGCGGGAGCUGAAAGGCCUGCAGAAAUCGGUGGGGAAACUUGAGAACAAUCUAGAAGACCACGUUCCUUCAGCUGUGGAGAACCAGAGAUGGAAAAAAUCCAUCAAGGCUUGUCUGGCUAGAUGUCAGGAAACCAUUGCUCACCUGGAGAGGUGGGUCAAGAGGGAGAUUAAUGUCUGGAAGGAAGUCUUUUUCCGCUUGGAGAAAUGGGCUGACCGGUUGGAAUCUGGUGGGGGAAAGUACAGCCAUGCUGACCAAUCCAGACAAACUGUCUCGGUAGGAGUAGGGGCCCCAGAAAUCCAACCCAGCAAAGAGGAAAUUUAUGAUUAUGCCUUAGACAUGAGUCAGAUGUAUGCCCUGACCUCUCCUCCGAUGGGGGAAGACCCUAGUGUGCCUCAGUCCCAUGACUCCUAUCAGUGGAUCACUGUUUCAGAUGAUACCCCACCCUCCCCAGUGGAAACCCAGAUUUUUGAAGAUCCCAGGGAAUUCCUGACUCAUCUGGAGGACUAUCUGAAGCAGGUGGGUGGAACGGAAGAGUAUUGGCUCUCCCAGAUCCAGAACCACAUGAAUGGCCCUGCCAAAAAGUGGUGGGAAUACAAGCAGGACUCGGUCAAGAACUGGCUGGAGUUUAAGAAAGAGUUCCUCCAGUACAGCGAGGGUACCUUGACAAGGGAUGCCAUCAAACAGGAACUGGAUCUCCCCCAGAAGGAUGGGGAGCCCCUUGACCAGUUCCUUUGGCGCAAAAGGGACUUGUACCAAACUCUCUACAUAGAUGCUGAGGAAGAGGAGGUCAUCCAGUAUGUCGUAGGGACCCUCCAGCCCAAACUCAAGCGUUUCCUUAGCCACCCCUACCCCAAAACUUUAGAACAGCUGAUCCAACGGGGCAAGGAAGUUGAGGACAACCUAGAUAAUUCUGAGGAGCCCAGUCCCCAGAGGUCCCCCAAAAACCAGUUAGGAGGGUCGGUGGAAAGUUUGCCUCCUUCUUCUACUGCUAGCCCUGUUGCUAGUGAUGAAACUCAUCCAGAUGUCUCUGCUCCACCGGUCACGGUGAUCUGAGCCCAGAAAUCAAGGCACUAGAAACACAGAUGGGAACUAUCAGCUUCUUCAGCAGGUUUGUUUCCAUUCAGUGGGUGCCUUGGGCUACACUGAUGAUUCUGGGAUCUCAGUUCAAAAGCUGGUUGGAGAUGACUGGCUUUUCCUUCUGGUAUCCCAUGUGGAGAACAAAGCAAGCUUGAACUAUCUGAUGUGCUUCAAGCUGGAACAUCGGUAGCUGAGCUUGAGGAUGGCUUUCUAAAAGCAAGGAUCAGGCUAUGUUACCAAGGUAGGAAAUCCUUCUUUUGGGGCAGAGACAACUGAAUCACCUUGAGUGGUGACUCCCUAGGGAUUUAAAUAGACACCCUCACAGAAGGUCCUUCCUUCUAGCAUUAGUUCUGUCCUUCAACAUGCUUUUCCUUCCAGACAUUCUCUCAUCCUUCCGGGUAGCUGUUGAGAGAUGGCUUCUGUUUAUCUCUGCAUUAGCCAAUGGAUUUACUUACUUUCUAGGAAGUUUCUAUUUUUUAAUAACUUCCUCGACAUCGUUUAGAUUGAGCUCCAAAACACGUUGGAAAGCAAGCUUCAGGUGUCCUGGCAGAACUUCCGCUGAAAAUUCCAGCCGACACUUGAAGCUCUGUUGUUUUGGCCUCAGUUUUGAUUCUCAGAUGAGUCUCUGGAUUCUCUCUUGACCUGAUUUUUAAGGUCCUUCAGCUCCAGAAAAGUCAUUAGUAGAUACACUUUCCACCUUUCCAUCUCUAAAUCCAAGCCGUUGAGAUGAGAAAGGUUCGUGCUAUUGAAUUUCUUGUUUCAUUCAUGAGGGCAAUAAGCAGAGUUCUAGUGAAGAGGGAGAUUCUUAAGAAACAUCUAAGGGGGUUUAGCAAAAGAAAGAAGACUUUGAGGUUGGAGGGCUACUUAGACUACAAGAAGGAAAAAAAAUGUGGCACAGACACAGCUUGAAUUUAGAACUUAACCCAUCUACAAGAAUGUCUACUAAAGUUGUACUAACUUUUGCUAGUUGAAAAAAAAAUGGACUGCAUAUUUCAGUGGUGAGGACCACUUUACCCAAAGUGUAAAGACCCUUGAACUGAAGUUUUUUUUAGUUGAGCCUCCUUUGAUGAUGCAAAUAAGAACCAAACUAGGAAGAAGAUCGGCAGCUUUGAGAGUCUUGUGCCGUUGAAGAGAGAAAAGAGAAGACAAGUGAAAGCAAAGUUCAUAUCAUGGACAAUUGGCCCUUUCUGGCCGAAAGAGACAACUUGGCAUGCAAAGGACAAGAUGAAGAGCAGCUGUGAAAAAUCUUGCUGGGAACCAUGGGGAGAUGUGACUCCUUCCUGUAAGCUAGAGUGACUCAUUCAAAAACGGGCUGUGAAUUCAGCACUUCCUGAAUCGCGUGUGGAGCAGAGAUUGGAGACGGAGAAACGGCUCUGGAAAAGCCCAGCAAGCAACAGAGCUGGAUGGACGUCAUCUUCCCCAGGCUCCUGCUGUUCUUGAAGGACGAGCGUCUGAAGAAAGAGAAGGGAGUUGUUUUCUUCUGUUGUUGGUGGGCAUGGCUCCUGAACUCUUCAACGGCUUCGACUUUUGCAUGCAGAAGGGUUGUUCUCUGAGGAACUGAAGUAAGCAGCGUCAACAUCUCAAGAUGGGCUGCUACCAAGAAAGCAGAGAAGAUGCAAGGAAGAAGCUGUACAAAAAGCAAAAGGCCAGCGAAGGGACGUUCAAGGGACUUUGAAGGGACAUUCAUCCGUUAUUCAGAUGGCCUCAAGUUAUGACUGUGUGAAUGUUGUGACUGAGGGUUGGGGAGGGAAAAAUGAUGGAGGACUCUGGUGCAGGACUUCAGCUGGAACUCCAAAGUAUCUAGAACUGAGAGAACAUCCUUUCUAAAGGACCACACUUCAUUUUCCUGUCACCUAUGUGGUCCAUGAAGAUGUUGUAAAAAACAACAACAACAAUAACUGGAGUGUUUAAAAAAACAAAACAAAAAUUUGUAGUCAAAGGUGUUUGGUUAAACAAUGUUAGGCUCUAUAAUUAGGAGCUUGACAACAAUGUAUGACAAAUGGGGCAAUCCAACUUUCUCCACUAGACAGCAGAGUAAGGAAUGCAAUAUAUCUUCCAUUUCUUGAGCCUACUAAGAAGUGUAAAAUGUACACACACCAUUGCAUACAAUGGACAUUAAUCAGAACUUUUUUUGAUGUUCAAAGAAGAUUUGCUUCACAUGCCACCUGUCAAACAGGUUGGAUUGGAGAUAGGUAUAGAUUAUUAUUGUUUAUUACUAUUUUCAUCAUCGUAUUCCGCAUUGGGCUUCCUACCCUGAGGUAGGAGUGACUUUCCACGAAUGUAUGUUCACGGGCCAAAUUUGAUGACGUCAUCAAAUUCGGUGCCAUGGUUACUUGAAACCUUCAGAGCCGAAUGCAAUGUUAGCCAUCGAAUAAAUGAUGAUGGUUGUAUUAAAAAUAGCCUGUUUCAUGUUAGUCAAAACAGAAGGCCAACGGUAGACUUUCAGUGGGUCUAUCAUGUCUCUUUGGACCUUCAGCACCUCCUGCUAUGGCUUCUCUGGCUUCACAAGCAACCAUGUAACAAUGCUUCUGGGGUUAUCAGAGAAGCUGAAGAAGGGAAGUGCAUGGAUUAUGGAUUGCUUCUAAUGAGUUGAAUUAUGGAUCAUUGUUUAUGGAUCAUUGUUUCUUGACUAAGAGAGCUGAUGCUCUAAUUAUCUGUAAGGAGAACCGGGGAAAGAUCUACCCAAACCGAACGGACCAUCGUACCUGUUGUGCAAUAUUAAUCCAUCAGAUCUGCUGUCGACUUUCGAUCUGUUUCUUUUUGUUUUUAACUACUGGAACUGAUCUGUUCAAAGGAAGCCAUGAAGACAACAAGUCCACCACUGCAUUGUGACAGCUGUGGUUUUGAUACAUGGGCUUGGGGGACUCAAAUCACUUCAACCUUGUUCUAGUUGUAUGACGUUUCUUCUACCUUAUCACACUGGUGGUGAACCUUAUGAGGCUGUGUCAGCCAAUUAACAUUAGAAGAAGAAGGAGGAGGAGGAGGAGAAGAAAAAGCAUUCUCCACAUGUAAAAGGAUUGUAGCAAAAUCAGUGCGUUGUGAGGAAGCAUUUGUGUUUGUAGAUUCCUACAAUAAAACAUUGUAUGAUAAUUGCUUAAAACAA